CUCCGAUCCACCCCAUCGCUCGCUUGGUGUCCACCACCUGCGUCGUUCUUUUUCCGUCUCAGACAUCCCCAGACGGCCCUUGAGCCAAACACAGAGCGGUUCCUCGUCACCACUUAGCCUGAUACGGUAAUCAGCCUGCGGGGCUCACCCUCAUAUACAAGGCGCUCCUUUGAGCUAACCUUCUUGACGACCCAUACCGAUCUCCUUCUUUUUUCUUCUUACUCUCUGUAUAUAAUCCCAGUGGCGACAUUAACUGACAAUCAUGGCAGGCGCCGAUGUCCCCGAAGAGCAGAAGGCCGGAUGGGCCAGCUUCAUCAAGAGCUUGACCCGUAUGACUGGCGAUCUGAGCUCUAUGACUGCUCCCCCUUUCAUCCUCUCUCCCACCUCCCUCACCGAGUUCCCUGCCUACUGGUGUCAGCACCCCGACGAAUUCGCCGCCAUCUCCCAGGGCAAGGAUGAGUUUGAGCGUAUGGAGAGGGUUCUGAGGUGGUUCAUCGGUACUCUGCGAGCUCAGUACACUACUCGUAACGAAAAGAUGGGUUCCGAGAAGAAGCCUCUCAACCCCGUCCUUGGCGAGCUUUUCUACGGUGUCUGGCCCGACGUUGGAGGCCGGGGCGAGACCAAGCUUAUCGUCGAGCAAGUGUCCCACCACCCUCCUAUCACUGCCUACUAUAUCGAGAACAAGGUCGCCGGCGUCAAGCUGCAGGGUCACUCUGGCCAGAAGACUUCGUUCACCGGUACGGCCAUCAACGUCAAACAAUCCGGACAUGCCAUCUUGACUGUCCAGCCCAAGACUGGCGGUAAAGAGGAAAAGUACUUGAUCACCCUUCCCCGGCUCAGGAUCGAAGGCGUUCUUUGGGGUAGCCCCUACAUCGAGCUCACCGACUCCAACGCCAUCCAAUCCUCCACCAACCUCACCGCCCAAAUCGACUACAAGGGCAAAGGCUACUUUUCCGGUAAAGCCCACACCUUCAAAGCUACCAUCGCCCCCACUGCGCACCCCUCCAAGCACACCCAGACUUAUGAAGGCCAAUGGACCGGCGUGUCGAAUAUUGGCAAGAAGGGCCCGGUGUUUUGUGAUUCGACAGUGCAGUUGGAGGAUGUUAGUGUGAAGAGUCUGCAGGAGCAGGGAGAGUGGGAGAGUAGGAAACUGUGGGAGAAGGUGGCGAAGGGAAUUAGGAGUGGAAACUAUGAUCAGGCUGGACAGGAAAAGUCUCGUAUCGAGAACGAUCAACGACAGCGCCGUAAAGAAGAAGAAGCUUCCAACAAGCCCUGGCAGCACGUCAACUUUACCCACGUUGAGAGCGAUCUGGAGUACCAGCAGUUGGCGGGUUUGUUGCACGACAAACUCACGCCCCCGCAUGAGGAUGGCUAUAUCUACAAGGGUGAUUUGAGCGUUUAGAUCAGAAAAGAGAGUGAGAAUUGGAUCAGUGGAACGUUAACGUUUGGUCUUGAAGUAGUUUGACGGGGUCAUGAUUUUUGGAAUAGAUACGGUAUAAGAAUGUAUUGUGUUCUGGCUCAGGUGUGGAGCUGUGAACGGGCG